GUGUACCUACCACCUAAGUUCACAUUGUGGAAUGCAAUAAAUUUAUUGAGUAUUGAGUAUUGAAAAAAAGAACAGAGAUUUGCGUAAAGCGUCGUUAGAACACAUCCGCUUGGAAUGCAAUUUACAAAACAUGAAUGAAGUUACAAAAAAAAUCAAAAAUUUACGCUCAACGUAUAACCAGGAGUUAUUGAAAAUUGAAAAGAGCAAAAAAAGUGGAUCUGGAACUGAUGAGAUCUAUAAACCAUCUAUCAAAUGGUUCGAUUCUAUGGAUUAUAUUAUGAAAAUAAUUAAUCUUAAAGAAAAGGAAACAUCAAGUAAUUUGGAACCAUAUCAUCCAUCAACGUCAGGAAGCAACGUCGCAUCAGCGUCAGGAAGCGAGGAGGCCACGAAUAACGUGGACCUUGAUGCUAGUGACAAUAGCAACAAAGCUGCUCAUAUAAAAGUGGUAAAGCCACCAAAAACUGUAAAGUUAAAGACGAAAUUAUCAUCAGAACGGUCUGACAUUCAAGCAGCCGUAAAUGAACUCAAAGAACUAAAUAGUAGUUUAGUAAACGUGUCUGCCCCGAUUACAAGAGAAUUAGAAGAUGAAUGUGAUGUUAUUGGAAGACAUGUAGCACUGCAGCUGAAACAGUUAUCUUCGAUUGAUAGAAUUGAUGCGACAGAUGAAAUACAGGCGAUACUCUCUAGAUACCGUAAGAGAGCCCUCUGUGGUAGAAUUGUGUACACACCUUCUAAUUACAGUUCCGAAUGUACGCCAUCACCACAGCCUACAGUAAAUUAUGAAAUGUCUGCACUCUCUAUGCAAGUGGAACAAUCUUCACAAUCUAUACUCCAUAAUGAAUGUACGCUAUCACCACAGCCUGUAUCCUACCAGGUUGUAGAGGUCGCUACUGAAGCUAAUCAACCUGUUGAACCUACAACAUCUGCAUUCUCUGCGCCACUGCUGGAUCAAUUUGAAUCUAUACCCCAAUCUAAUGAUGUACUUGCUGCAGCAAUAUCAAUCUGUAAUAUUAAAAAAUAACGAAGUAAGCUAUGUAGUACUGUAGUUAUUAAGUAUUAAUAUGUAAAGUUCACGUUUAAUAUGUACAAAAACUUUACAAAACCAUUGUGAAUUUGAUUAUGAAUAAAAAAAAUACUUACUUUGAUAUAAUCUUUUAGACUUUCAUUGAUAGCAGCACACACUUCUGGUAUUAUUUUAAUGAUGGAUGCUUUUGAAACUCUGAAAAAUACCGACAAUAGUCUAUACGAUAUCCCAGAAGAAAGGUAUACUAGGGUUAUUUCCAACUUCACCCUCGCAGGUAUCGCAUCCCUCAUUAGUGUAUCAUCACGUUGAAUUUUUGGAGCAAUCAAAUUUAAAAGUAUUUCCACUUGUUCCGUUGUCAAUCUCAUAACCGCUUUAUAUUCUCGGGGAUCUUCAUCAUAUAGCUCUUUAAAUAUUGAAUUCGUUGCCCCUUUUCUUUGCAGCCAAGUCCUGACCCAAACACUUCUCUUCUUCUUCUUUUUUUGUAUAGCUCUUUCAAUUUCAACACAAAGUAUUUUCGUAACUGCUUUUAUAGUGGUAUGCACUGUGAUUAAACGUGUAUUUUGCGACAACAUUGCACGAGACAUGAUACAGACGAACUAUGCGAGUACACUGGUGCAGUAGCUGUCUUCCUGCGACGCCAGCAGUUCGCAUAGUGUGACCGAGCGAGGCGAGUCGAGCUACUGUCAUACGAGUACACAUGCACAGUAGCUGUCUACUGUCAUAUCAGCUGCUCGCACUGUGUAACCU